UUGCAGAAAAAUAAUUAUAUUAAUAAGUAGAAAAAGAAAGGGUGAAGGAAUAGAUAAAAAAAAGAAAAGAGAGGCUUUUAAACACUCAACCAACCCCAAAACUUUCAGUCAUGGAUUCUUUUUUGGUGUGGCUGAAUUUCAAGCCUCUUUUCUUGGCUUAGAAAAUUUGGGGUUUUGAUUGUAAUGUGGGUUUUGUGUUGAGUGCUUUCCUAUUGCCAUGGAUUCCUCUUUUGAAGGAGUUGCGCUCGAUCCAUCAAAAUGUAGUAAAUUGAGCAUGGAUGAAAAGCGAGAACUCGUAUAUGAAUUAUCAAAGAGGACAAGUAGAGCCUCUGAAAUGCUACAAUCAUGGAGCCGCCAAGAGAUUUUACAAGUCCUAUGUGCCGAGAUGGGGAAGGAAAGGAAAUAUACCGGUUUGACUAAGCUUAAAAUUAUUGAAAACUUGUUGAAAAUUGUAGCCGAAAAGAAUUCAGGGGAUCAUGAAGGUGUGACGGAUCCCGAAUCACAUUCAUCCCUAUCAAGUGGCUCGAGAUUAUCCAAAAGGCAAAGGAAAGCCGAUUAUCCUUCUCGACUUCCUAUUCCAGUGAAUGAUCCUGUAAUCCGUAAUGGCGGCAAUGACAUGAUUAAUGCUAUUUAUUGCAAAAACUCGGCUUGCAAAGCUACCUUGAGACAAGACGAUACAUUUUGCAAGAGGUGUUCGUGCUGCAUCUGUUAUAAGUUCGAUGACAAUAAGGAUCCUAGUCUAUGGUUAAUUUGUAGUUCGGAGCCUCCUUUCCUGGGAAACUCUUGUGGCAUGUCGUGUCAUCUCGAGUGUGCUUUAAAACAUGAAAAGUCCGGUAUUGGUAAAGAUAAACAACAUGCCGUUCUUGAUGGGAGCUUUUAUUGUGUAGCAUGUGGGAAAGUAAAUGAUUUGCUUGGGUGCUUGAGAAAACAACUUAUGGCUGCAAAAGAUACAAGGAGGGUCGACAUUCUCUGUUAUCGCGUUUCUUUAGGCCAGAAACUUCUUAAUAGGACUGAAAAAUAUCGUAAGAUUUCUGAGAUUGUUGAUGAAGCUGUGAAGUUGCUUGAAGCUGAGGUUGGUCCAUUAACUGGUUUGCCCGUUAAGAUAGGUAGGGGUAUAGUCAAUAGGCUUUCUUCGGGACCUGAAGUUCAAAAACUAUGUUCUUUAGCUGUGGAAUCACUUGACAAAAUGCGUUUCGAUACUAUCUCACAUUCGAUACCAGCAGGUUCAUGUUUGACUUCACCAGCAAUAGUACGUUUUGAAGAUAUUCGUCCGACUUCUGUUACUGUGAUUGUGGGUACCGAAGGACCUUUAGUGAGCACUAUUAUCGCUUACACCUUAUGGCAUCGCAAGGCUCAUGAUCGGGAUUACCCUGCUAAAUCGACUUGUAUCAUGUUUGUGCCGAAGACCAGGUUUGUUGUCACAGGGCUAACUCCAGCUACGGAAUAUCAUUUCAAAAUCGUGUCAUUUGAUGGUACAAGAGAGUUCGGCCCGUGGGAAGUUCCGAUUUCAACAAGCUGUAGUGUUGAUGAAGGCCCGGGCUGCCCGAUGAUGGAGAGAAGCCAAAGCCCGGCAACCAACUGUAGCAGCCUUUCAAAUCCUUCUUCAGUGGAGGACGAAACUAAUAACAUUACUCCGUACAGUGAUCAGAAUGACGACCGGGCAGACAAUUACAUUACGUAUUGCAAGGGCACAGAUAAAAUUGUUUCCACGAGUUUAUCGAAAGGUACUAUCAACUGCACUGUCCUUGGUGAAGAUGGAAUUCCGGAAGAAGUUCCUAUGUUAGGUGAGGAACGUGCAAUGGAGAUGGUUGGUCCGAUUCUUGAUUCCGACGCAUUAAUUGUUGAGAAAAAUCCCACAUCUGAGGACCGAAUUACUGAGGAGACAAGCACCGAUAAUGGCUCUGACACCCUGGUUGAGACUGAUACCGAGCAUUUACCAUUUGUCGGUUGUUCCGAAGCUGGGUUACCAAUCACUCCCUGCAGGAUGGAAAUAAUAAAAAACAUACAAGGAAGAAGUGGAAGAUUGAAGUCUAGCAACAAGGAAGCCGAGAAUGGGACAGGGAAAGGAGAAGACCCUCAAGACGGAAGCACUUCAAAGAAGAAAACCGGAGAACGACAAGACGAGGAAUGCAUGGAAAACGGUCUCUCAGAUACGGAUUUCGAGCAUUACGUGAAGGUAAUCAGAUGGUUAGAAUGCAAAGGACAUAUCGAAAAGAACUUCAGACAGAAAUUCCUCACCUGGUACAGCUUAAGAGCAACCCCGCAAGAAGUAAGGAUCGUGAAAGUAUUCGUUGAUAUCUUCAUUUCCGAUCCAGCAUCUCUUGCGGAGCAGCUCGUGGACACAUUCUCCGAUUGUAUCUCCAGCAAAGGAUCAUCCGUCGUACCGGCUGGCUUUUGCAUGAAGCUUUGGCAUUGACAUGAACGGACUGUUGCCGAGUAGUGAGCUACAUGUUUCCGAGUGCAAAACCGGAUUAAAGUCGGUGUUCGGCAAUAAUUCUUUAGACCCACAACAUUCUGGAUUUAGUUGCUUUUGUCAUUGUUAUGAUCAUGUCAGAAUUGCCAGAAUCGUCUUUUUAUCUUUUUACAAAAACACUGUUGGUUCAUUCACCCAGGUUUUUAAAGUUAUUUUCUAAUGGUAUUUACAUUUCAUGUUAA